UUUAAAGUUAAUUUCUUCUUUAUAUCAAAAGCAAAAAAUGGGAGUUUCAGGGACACUGGAGUACUUGUCUGAAGUACUUAGCAACGUUAAGAAGAGUAAGAAAAAGAAACAAAUCGCAACUGUAUCCAUCAAAAUUAGAAUGGACUGUGAAGGUUGUGCUCGUAAAGUCAAGAAUGCUCUCUCUAAAGUAAAAGGUGCAAAAUCAGUGGAUGUGGACUUAAAGCAACAGAAAGCAACAGUAACAGGCUUUGUGGAGCCAAAAAAAGUGUUGAAGGCAGCACAAUCCACUGGUAAAAAAUGUGAGAUUUGGCCAUAUGUGCCUUAUAGUAUGGUGGCACAUCCUUAUGCUGCUGCUGUUUAUGACAAAAAGGCACCUCCUAAUUUUGUAAGGGCAACUGCUGAUCCUUCUAUUGCUCACUUAAAUCCUGUUGAAGAACAAUAUUCACUUAUGUUUAGUGAUGAAAAUCCAAAUGCUUGUAAUAUUAUGUAG